UGCUCCUCGACCCCCUCCUCCCCUCCAGCCAUCGACACGUCCUCCACCACCGCCACCGCCGCCACCGCCACCACCCCCAGCCAUGGGCCGUCGGAAGAUCGAGAUUCUCCCGAUCCAGAACGAGCGCAACCGCUCCGUCACCUUCUUAAAGCGCAAGACAGGCCUCUUCAAAAAAGCAUACGAGCUUGGCGUCCUCUGCUCCGUCGACGUCGCCGUCAUCAUCUUCGAGCGCCGCCACGGCCACCCCGACAAGCUCUACCAGUACUGUUCCACAGAUAUUGGCUCCAUCGUCCAGCGCCACAUCCGCUUCGAUGGCGAGCGCGAUACACGCACGCCCCACGACUUUAGCGGCGGCACCGAUGCCUCCCGCGUUGACGAUGUCGGCGACGACGACGACGACGCAGACGCAGACGACCCCGCCCCGCCCCAGCGCAAGCGCCAGGACAGCAGCAGCGCCGCCGCCGGCGGUCCCUCCGCCAAGGGCAAGAAGGCCGACGGCGGCAAGAUGGUGCCCAUCAAGCCAGAGAGCAUGACCAUCGACGUCGACUACCGCCCGCCCCCCUCCCACCUCUCCAUGCCGCCCUCCGCCUCGCCCACGCUCCCCAUCUCCUCCGACCGCCACACCUCCGCCACGCACAGCCCCACCCGCGCGCACCCCAGCUCCAGCUCCAGCUCCAGCGUAGGCGCGGGCGCCUACUCCCUCUCGUCGAACAAGCGCGCGCGGCUCGCCCCCGCGUCCGAGCUCGACCGCCACCCCUCGCUGCACGCAUCCUCUCCCGGCGGCGCGCACACGCCCUUCCCGUACCGCCUCGACCUCGACGCCGCGUCCGCUCACCCGUCCCUCCACGCGCACACGCUCCCGCUCCCGCCGCACGUGCACACCGCGCCCCCGCACAGCAACCCGUACGCCUCCUUCUUCCCGCCGUCCACGCACACCGCGCACGGUGCGCCGUUCCUCAACCCCUCCGCGUCCUUCGCGCGCGCGAGCCUCUCCGCGCCGUACUCGCACCCCCCGCCGCAGUCCCUCUCCCACUCCCAGCAGCAGCAGCAGCAGCAGCUCGGCAUGUACGGUGCAGGCAGCAUGCUCCGUGCGCCGCAGCAGCAGCCCCUCCCGCGCAUCUCGCAGCCCCCGACCCCUCACCAGCACCAGCACCAUCAGCAUCAGCAUCAGCACCAGCAGCAAAGCCCCGACGACCUCUUCGCCGGCGUCUUUGGCCCGCCCUCGUCCAGCAGCGGCUCCGGCUCCACGGGCGGCAGCAGCAGCACCGUCGGCAGCGGCGGGAUGUUCGGCGGCGGGGGAGGGGGGAUGAUGAUGGGCGGAGGGCUGUCGCAGCCGCCCCCGCAUCGCCAGAGUACCGACUCCGGGACCUCGGGGGAUGAUGGUGGUGGUGGAAGCGGGGGCGGGGGCGGGGGGCAGACGUGGUUGGAUUUUUUGUCGGGCACGGCGCCGGCGCCGCCGGGGGAGGGGCUGCUCGGGUCCGUCGGGGCUGAGUCGGGCGGCGGCGGCGGGGCGAGAGGGGGUAAGCGCGGAAGGGGAGAUGGGGAGGGUAAGGGCGAGGACGAGGGCAGGAGGGGCGGCGAUGGCGACGUGAGCCUUGAGGACAUCGUUGGGGGCGGCGGGGGCGGCGACGGCGUGGACCGGGGAGCCUAGCGCGGGGCGGCGGAUCGGGAGAAACAAAGCCGACGGGGGAGGAAAGGACUCCGCACGCGCGCGCGCGCUCAUGCCCCGCGUGCAUGUGCCGUGUGCUCCCUGCGUUUCCUUCUUGUUCUGCUGUCCCGUGUUUCGCUUGACAUAUACACACGCAUGCGCGCGCGCACACGCACACGCACUGCUAGUUGCUCGCUGCUCGCUGCUCACCGCUUACCCGCCUGCCUGCCUGCCUGCCUGCCUGUCUGCUUGCUUUGCUUUACUUGCCUUGCUUCGGUCGCGGACUCGGGUUUUCGACACCUGUACAUACAUACACCCAUUUCUCUCUCUCUUUCUCUCUCUAUCUUCCUCUCUCUCUCUAUCCUCCUCUCUUCCUCUCUCUUCCUCUUCAGUACCUACAUCUACAUGCGUUAUCGUGCUCC